AAUACAACAAAAAGGUAACCUCGGAUUUGUUUCAAAAGAUUUUUACUCUGCUAAUGACUGAUGUGUUGCCGCCAGUAAUAUAACAGAGAGUCAUGACGGUGCGUCUAAUUAAUUAUAAUCGAGAAUACAUUUUUCAGUAUUUCGCUACGAUUGCCGGUGUUUUCUCGAUCCUAUGCUCCGGAAUCAAUUUGGGAUGGACCUCACCCUUCUUACCAGAACUCCUCUCACCAAACUCAACCAUACCAACCACCAACGAUGAAGGAUCUUGGUGUGCCGUUGCUCCCUUACUGGGUGCACCCCCUGGAGCCAUCAUUGCCGCCCUUUUGGUGGACAAGAUCGGUAGAAAAUACACAAUUCUACUGAUAGGACCGUGGGUCUCAAUUUGUUUCAUUGGCAUAGCGUUCUCAACUAGCAUAUGGGAGAUUACCGGGUUGAGAUUCAUUAUUGGUUCCACUGAGGGAGCUUUAUACACAGUGUUACCGAUGUAUAUAGGAGAGAUAUCUGAUCCGAAGAUAAGGGAAUUCUUGACUGCUACUAUUGCGAUAGCAGCGAUCACUGGCACACUGUUUAUUAACGUCAUUGGCUCCUUUUUCAGUAUAUUCGUCUCAAGUCUUUUGUGUGCUGUGUUGCCUCUGAUACACAUGGUAGGAUUCUGGCUGGUGCCAGAAUCUCCCUACUAUUACACGAAAAAAGGGAAUUUCCAAGCAGCUAAGGAGAGCUUACAAAUACUAAGGGGAAAACAGGAUGUUGACCAGGAGAUGGAUGCUAUAGCAAAAGCCGUCGUAAGACAAGAAAGGACUAGCGAUCAAACGGGGCUUUUGGACUUGUUUACUGUCUCCAGUAACAGGCGGGCUUGCUUCAUAUUUAUAAUUGUCUGUAUGACUAAUAAGUUCAGUGGAAAGAACCCUUGCAUGUUCUAUACUGAGACUAUUUUUAAAGAGGCGAGUAGUAGCAUCGAUGCUACCCUCUCUGUGAUCAUUUAUUGUACCGUGGAGUUGGUCGCUGUGGUGAUAGCAACGUUCUUCGUUGUAAAUCGCUUCGGGAAGCGAAUGUUGCUGAUUCUGUCUGCAGCAGGGUGUUCUUUGGCCGUACUGGCCUUAGCAAUUUUCUUCUUCUUAAAAGAUUAUGGUUAUAACACUGAACUGUUCUUCUGGCUACCUAUUACAGCCCUAGUGACUUAUAACAUCAUGUUUAGCAUAGGUUUGUCGUUCGGUAUGGUGACGGUACUCAGUGAACUAUUUCCCACCAAUGUAAAAGCGAAGGCCUUAUGUAUUGCCGAUACGUUCUCAGUGCUUAUGGGCACGUUGGUUUCCAAGAUUUUCCAGAUUUUUUAUGACCAGACCGGAUCGAUGUCGUAUCCUUUUCUGUUUUUCUCAUUUUGCAGUUUCAUUGGUUGCAUUUUGAUUGUUCGGAAUAUGCCAGAGACCAAAGGGAAGACUCUGGAGGAGAUCCAGCAGCUGCUCAUUGGGCAGGAGCAGUACUCCAGCGAGCUGAGGGUCAGGCACGUGGCUUAUGUUAAUAACUCUUUUAUUUAAAUAUAUUUUUUAUUUUUUUUUUAAA